CUUGAAGACCUCCGAAGCCUGGCUAGUGCCUUACAGGGCCGCUAGCUAAUAUCGCGCCAGCCGCGCUCUCGGCCGAUUAAGUCGAGCAGAGAGCGUGCAACAGGCCGCACAGCGCAGCAGCGCUUCAUCACAGACUGGUGCUAGCCGCGCGGCACCACUGCGCGUGCGUUUCGCCUCACAAAAGCAGCAGCGGCUCGCUCGCGCCUCUCGCCGCCGCGGCGGCGUCAAACGCUUGCCGAUGUCGGACUCCGAAGAUGACUUCGCUCCAUCAAAACCGGCGCCUGCGGACUCGGACGACGACUUCGCGCCAAGCAAACCGGAGCCCGAGCCGAAACCGAAGCUCAAGGGCGAAGAAAAAAAGGCGCAAGAAACCAAAGAAUUCGACGAGAUCUGCGAGCAGGGCAUGGCCCACGUCGAAGAGGAGGAGUGGAAGGACGCGACGCUAUGCUUCGAGAGAGCUCUCAAAUUAGAUGCGAAAACCGAGGGCAGUAAAGAAGUUUCUGAAGAGAGAGCUGAUUGUGCUUUCAAUUUAGCGUGUUGCCACGCCCAAUGUAAUAGGUUGGACGAUGCGGAAACGUGGUUACGUAGAAGUGUAGCCUGGGGCGUGCGGGACGUGGACUUGAUGAAGGACAAGCACCUGGCGCCUUUGCGGGCGCACGACGUGGCCUUGUGCAUGAAUUUGAUGGAGGCGUUGAGGCCCGCACCGGUCAGACAGGCCGCAGUCCUGCAACGCUCGAGAAGGCAGAGGUCCGGCGGCGCGAUGGCGGCUCUGAUCCGGCAGGAGAAGGAGCGCCAGGCGCAGCAGGAAGAUGACGACAUCGACGACUUCUGGAAGGACGAGAAGGACGACGACGAGUAUUCGGGGAGUGCGGAAUCGGAGCACGAGCGGCGAGAUGUGUUUGAUUCUGACUUCGACGAGGACGAGUCCGAGUCCGAGGAGGAGGGCUGGGGCUUCGACGACGACCAGAAGGAGGCGAAAGCUCGCGAGAAGCGUAUUGAACAGAGAAAGAAGGAGAAGGAGAAGGAACGUGUCGAGAGGGAGAAGGCUCAACCUGUCGGCGGGAAGCGGCGUCGACGGGCCGCGGCCGAGAACGCCGAGGAGCGCACAAGGCAGGAGCUCGAGGGCGACACGACGAAGGACGACAGUGACGACGACUUCAAGGACGCCGCCGCCGACAAGGAGUUGAGUGAAGGGAAGCUUGGUGUGCGCGAGCGGGCCGCGCCGUCGUACCGCGACGCGGUCUCGGCCGCGAAGCGGGAAAAGCUCGUGGCCAAGGCUGCGGCCGACUUAGGGUUCGAUAGUGAUGACGACGAGGAGAUGGCUCCCGCAUCGCGCAGCGCAUGAAUCAAAUUUCCCACGGCUGAACCAUGGCUCACUGGUUGCUUGAACACAGGCGCCGAAGAAGAAGAAGAAGGUCAAGAAGAGCCCCGAUUCCAAAAAGAAGAAGAAGAAGAAGCCGAAGAAGCGAGAUGUUCUAGCUGGAAUCUUCGGGUCCAAGGGUGCUGCGGCCAUCGUGCGACGGGCCGAUCGUAGCAUAGAGGAGCGGAAGCACGCGCCGCCACCGAAGUCGAAGGACGAGAUCCUCAAGAACCUCGUGCGAAAACAGAAGGUCGUCGAGGAGCGGCGCUUCGGCGGCGAGACCGUGCAAGUGACGAAGACGAAGUGGGAAACUAGUGACGCGAACACGGCGAGACGGAAGGCCCACGACCGCUUGGACCAUGUCUUGGAUCUGAUCGCGGGCAAAAAAGAGAUCACGGCCACCGAAAAGUCGGCCCAGGAGUGGGACCAGUACAAGGAGAAGCACAAGCUCGAGGACUCGCUCAAGGGCGGCACGGGGUUAUUGGCCAAGCGCGACUUCCUCGAGCGGACCGAUCAUCGUAGAUUUGAGAUCGAGCGAGACGCGCGGAACGCGGAGAGGGCUAAAAGGGACGCCGAAGGGAAAUAAGUAUG